GGGAACUAGGGCGGAAGGGGAUCACCGCCAGGGUUGUGUUCGGAGCCUCGCCGGGGCUGGGGUUCCGAUGUGGUCCCCAGAGCGGGAGGCCGAGGCCCCGGCCGGGGGAGAGCCGGCGGGCCUACUGCCCCCCGAGUGGGAGGAGGAUGAGGAGCGCAUGUCCUUCCUGUUCUCCGCCUUCAAGAGGAGUCGCGAGGUGAACAGCACCGACUGGGACAGCAAGAUGGGCUUCUGGGCGCCGUUGGUGCUGAGCCACAGCCGCCGCCAGGGGGUGGUGCGCCUGCGUCUGCGGGACUUGCAAGAGGCCUUUCAGCGCAAGGGUAGCGUCCCGCUGGGGCUGGCCACGGUGCUGCAGGACCUCUGCAGCCGAGGGGAGCUGCAGCGGGAAUCAGACUUCAUGGCCAGUGUAGACAGCAGCUGGAUCUCCUGGGGGGUCGGGGUCUUCCUGCUGAAGCCUCUCAAGUGGACUCUUUCUAACAUGCUGGGGGAUAAUAAGGUUCCAGCCGAAGAGGUACUUGUGGCUGUGGAGCUGCUUAAGGAAAAGGCUGAGGAGGUGUAUCGUCUGUAUCAGAACUCGCCUCUCUCCUCCCACCCCGUGGUGGCCCUGUCGGAGCUGAGCACCCUCUGUGCUAACUCCUGCCCAGAUGAGAGAACCUUCUACCUAGUGUUGCUGCAGCUGCAGAAGGAGAAGAGAGUCACAGUCCUCGAGCAGAAUGGGGAAAAGAUUGUGAAGUUUGCCCGGGGGCCACAUGCCAAGGUCUCUCCUGUCAACGACGUAGAUGUUGGGGUGUACCAGCUGAUGCAGAGUGAACAGCUUCUCUCACGCAAAGUGGAGUCCUUAUCCCAGGAAGCUGAGAGGUGUAAAGAAGAAGCGCGCCGGGCAUGCCGAGCAGGAAAGAAACAGCUGGCACUCAGGUCCCUCAAGGCCAAGCAACGGACGGAGAAACGCAUCGAGGCCUUACAUGCCAAGCUGGACACAGUUCAAGGCAUCCUGGACCGGAUCUACGCCUCCCAGACAGAUCAGAUGGUUUUUAAUGCCUACCAGGCUGGAGUAGGAGCACUAAAACUCUCCAUGAAAGAUGUCACAGUGGAGAAGGCAGAGAGCCUUGUGGAUCAGAUCCAAGAGCUCUGUGACACCCAGGAUGAGGUUUCUCAGACUCUGGCUGGUGGGGUGACCAAUGGCUUAGAUUUUGACAGUGAGGAACUGGAGAAGGAAUUGGACAUCCUCCUUCAGGACACCACCAAAGAACCUUUGGAUCUGCCCGACAACCCCCACGAGACAUUUUAUACCAACAGUGUGCCUAAACCUAGGAUCUCGGAUGCUGAACUUGAAGCUGAACUUGAGAAACUAUCCUUAUCAGAGGGAGGUUUGGUCCCAAGCAGUAAAUCUCCGAAAAGACAAUUGGCACCUACUGUCUAAAGCCAUUGUAGGACCCUCAAUUGAAGGACCGUCGUGUAAAAGAGAGACCAGGCUUGUGUGUGUGUACAUAGUUAUUUAAAUGAGAAACUCAGAAUUUGUUGGGAAGAGGAGGAAGGAGAACCACUGAUGUAUCUGGAUGCUACCACUUACUACAGGACAGAUAGAAUUUCUGGAAGCGAUGCUCCAAAGGCUUGCUCCCAGCUAUAUCAUGGACCUGCCUUCUCAUCUUUAUAGUGCCACAAUUUAUACAGUUCUGUGUUUGACCUGUCGUCUCUCAUAGCCUGCAGUUCUUGCCAUUGGCUCAGUUAGGUUUGUCUUCACCCACCAGCUUCGUUCUAGCCCAUGGAGGUAAAAGAUUUGCAGCUUUGCCAAAUCAAAAUCAGUCCUCCCCCACCCCAUGGCUUUUUAGAGGGGUUUAUCCUAUCCGUGAUGUCAGUUCAAUAACUUAUUCCUGCCCCACUUGAUUUUGACUGAUAAUGAGACGAAUGAGAAUGAAACAUUUAAAAGUUUUAUUUGAGGGGACUUAGCUGCCAUUUUACGCAGAAAUAUACAGUGUAAAAGAUUUCUCUGUAGGGUCAUUUGUCAAAAUCCUCCAGAUGUUCAGAAAGAGAGGUUGCCCCGAGUGGCUCAGUCAUGACAGUGGGGAGGGGCUCAUGUGGUCAGUGGGCACCGCCUCUUCCGUCUUAUGCAGAAGAUCUGCCGAUGGAGAAAAGGAUAUUCUGGGUCUUUGGCCUUUGAGUGGGGAGUGGCCCAGAUGACCAUAAGGCCCCAAGAGCUCCAAGCCCAUGUGCUUUUUUGAAGAGGCCCCAUCAUGGAAUAACUUAAAUUUUAAAAAAUACGUAUUUUUUCCAGAACAAGCCACACAACACACUUCCCCUCCUUGAGCCUUGCACACACCAGCAGGCUCUCUGUUUUCAUUUGGAAAAUAUUUUGCUGUAGCCCGCUGCUCAGGGCAGGGGUCUGCGCCAGGAUGUGCAAUAGAAGCAGGAGGCCAUGCCCUUCUGCCGGAUCGGCUGUGUGCUUCCCGGGCCCAGCCCUGCACCUGCCCCUGCCUCUUGCAGUCCCAGGCUCCUGCUUCCUUUGAGGAACUGGGGAGGGGACCAUGGAGGGACCGACAGGAGAGGGUCUGAAUGCUUGGGCAACAGGGAGAAGAAAAGGUAGCCACACUGCCACUGCUGCCCAGGCACAAGGAUUUCUGCCUGGAGCCCUUUGCCCUGUCCCUUCUGCCCGAGGCGACGUGGCGCAGAGGAGAAGAAUUUGCUCCAGGCCAGGAGCACGAAUCACUGUUCAACAAAUUUCUCUCCCACUCGACCUUGGUCAGCGGAAUGUUGGGGGUGAAGAGAAACAAUCACUAUUUUUUCUUUUUUAUCUGGUAAAUAAUUAAAAGAAAAAACCGUG